GUUGGGAUGAAGUAGUUCCAUGAUCCUUGUUUAAUUAUACGGUUCCAUGGCAUGUAUUCAAUUAGGAAACGCUGCAUACCAGUCUGCUAAGCCCACCGGCACAUUCUGAGGAGUUCCUUGCGUUGUUUGGUCCUUCAUCUCCACUAAUCGCUGACGCUCCUUACCACAAUGAAAACAUUCCAAGUUGCCGCUGAAUAGGAGCAUUGGUGCUCUGUUAGUAAAAGUGCCGUUACAAGGGAGAUACAAGCCAAACGAGAUAUUGCUGGGUGAAAAUGGCAUGUCAGUCAGCAAAGCUAGCCGAGAUGUUAAAUAGAAAGCCAGUUCUAUAAGGAAGAGGACAUUUGGACAUUUCAAUCAGACGCUAGACCAGGUACAGAGAUAAACACUCAUCCUUUGUGACUGCGGGCUAUCCUUUGGGGUGCCUAACAGUGUCACCAUUUCCGGAUUUGUGACAACGGGGAUAGUGGAGCGAGACGUGGGUCUGAGGAGCCAAGGGAGCGGAGCGGUGUCUGUGACCCUACCAGCACUGAUAGACGACAGCAUGACCGAGGGGAAGGGAGACGGGAAGGCACCGUUAUGGCUAAAUGAAAGACUACGAUUCAUCAUCUGUUUUUGCGGAGUUUUUGUAUGUUAUUUCUACUAUGGCAUACUCCAAGAAACAAUCACGCGAGGAGAAUAUGGCCAGGGAGAGACGAAAGAGAAAUUUCGCUAUGCCACGACACUAGUGUUCAUCCAGUGUAUCUUCAAUGCUGCAUUUGCCAAAAUCUUGAUCCAGUUUUUUGAGGGUUCCAGACAAGACCACACAAAGAACUGGCUCUAUGGGGCGUGUUCUCUGUCUUACCUGGGUGCCAUGGUGUCCAGCAAUCUAGCCCUGCAGUAUGUCAAUUACCCCACACAGGUGUUGGGGAAAUCUUGCAAGCCGAUUCCAGUGAUGAUCCUGGGUGUCACCAUCCUGAGGAAGAAGUACCCCCUGGCCAAGUACCUGUGUGUGGUGCUGAUCGUGAGCGGCGUGGCCCUCUUCCUCUACAAGCCUAACAAAGGGGGAUCAGCCAUGGACGAGCACCAAUUUGGUUUCGGAGAGAUGCUGCUGCUGUUGUCCCUGACCCUGGAUGGCCUGACUGGUGUGUCCCAGGAUCACAUGAGGGCUCGCUACCAGACAGGAGCCAAUCACAUGAUGCUUAACGUCAACCUGUGGUCCAUCCUGGUGCUGGGUCUAGGGGUGCUGUGGACUGGUGAGGUCUGGGACUUCCUGGGUUUUGCUGACCGCUAUCCCAGUAUCAUCUACAACAUUAUGCUGUUUGGACUUACAAGUGCACUGGGCCAAACCUUCAUCUUCAUGACCGUGGUGUACUUUGGACCCCUGACCUGCUCCAUCAUCACCACGACGCGCAAGUUCUUCACCAUCCUGGGCUCCGUGUUGCUCUUUGGCAACGUUAUGUCUGACAUGAAGUGGACCGGAACAAUCUUGGUGUUCAUGGGUCUUGGAUUGGAUGCAAAAUUCGGCAAGAUGACCAAAAAGACAACAUAAUAGCAUUGGACAGCUGGAGAUGCGAGUGAGAUUGUGUGUGUGCAUAUGUGUGCGUGCGUGCGUGUGCACGUGCAAUGGACUGACAGACAGUGAUCCAAUCUGUCUGCCUUCUGCUGAAUCACACGUAGCCAUGCUCCAUGGAAACAAACAAAAAAACUCCAUUCAUUUAGCUGAGGGGAAUUAAGUCCUGCAUCUGCUUCUGGCUGAGGUUCAUAGGACCCUCUCCACACUUCCUUUUCCAUUCUUCUUGCCCCUGUGGUGGGCACAGAUACAUCUCAUCCAAAACAAUUUGGCCAGUCAUUCGUGUGGUCUCUCAAAUUUGUGUAGUAUCGACUGGCCUUGUGUGACUGGACAGGCUGUUCAUUUCUAAGUCAACCCCAGACCAUAACAGAUGUAUUUGGGGAAAUGUGGUUCAAUGCAAUGGCUACCAGUUUAAGACUACAGGACUCAUGCAUAUGCCAUCACUGCCAUCACGUCAGCUUCAUCAGCAAAGCAAGGGAUUCAUCCACUCUUGCUUGAAAGUACACUAAAUCAUAUACUGUAUCAUCAUAUAUCUGUUCAUUUAGUGUGUAUAAAAGGAACUUUUGUUUUAAUUCUUUGUAGUUGAGGAACGAUAUCUUGAACAGUACACAGUGCUGUAAGUCUUAUGAUAACUGUUGUAGCAUUUCUUGAGUCUGUCGAAAGUGGGCACGUGGCUUUUUUUUUUUUUGUAUGUGUUUCAUACACGUGGUCUCUCAUGAAACAUAUUUAGUCAAAGAUGUCUUCACUGUUAGCUGUUGCAUUUCCCCUGUACUUUGAAACAAGAAUCAUAAAGCACACAUGGACGAAGCACCACGGCUCUUUAUUCCCCUAAAAGCAUGUGUGCUUGAGACGGAGUAACCCACCUGGCUAUCUGGAUGAUUGUUGUUUUUGAAUCUCUUGGAAGAUGUAGCCCCUUUCAUACCACAAGAACGCAACAGAAUGCUUUCUCGUUUGUAGUCGUCACCUUUGGUACAUGAGGGCAUUGGGUCAUCAUGCUUUAACACACAAAUCUCUUCACAUCCUUGCAAUCACAUAAAAAAAAAAUUACAAACUGGAUAGAAUUUCUUGAUGUUUAUUUUUUAUACUCGGUUUUUAAUGGUUAUGCCCUGUCCAUGAGAUGAAAUCCCCAAAUAAUCAAUAAACAAUGUUCUUUUUUUGAGAAGUACAGUAAGAGGAAUUACAGUAGAUCUUUUAAAAAGGAAGUCUAGAACAUACAAUCUGUCUCCUCUAUGUAUGCCUGAAUAUUUCCAUUCUUGCUGAUAUCUGCCUAAAACAUUGUGUGCAGAUCUGCCAACAACAUCCAGUCUCUGAAAUCUGAACACCCUCUCAACAUUAAACCAAGAUUGGACAAGG